GAGAAAAGAAAUUUCAAACUAAUUAAAUACUAGUAUGAAUAGUGUGUGGCUGGCCAUGAAUCAACAUGGAGACCCAAUAGCCGGUAGCCAGCACAGCACUAGCGAGCGUAAGAAGACACAGUCAAUGGCUAACUGCACCUAAGAAGAACGAAGCCACAUAACAGUCUAGGUUCAUGCUUACAGGGCAGGGGCCCACUAUUUUCUUAAAAGUCAACUCCAUCCCCCAAAUAAAUCGCUCCUUUCUUUUGACCUUUUCGCUUUUCUCAAUUCGGAGACAAGUGGCAUUUUUUGUGAAAACAAGUUCGAUCUAACCGCUUCGAUGUGUUUCUAGUUUCCAUGACUUCUGUCAUUAUCACUUCAUAUAACCUUUUUAUUCUUCCCUGAAAACAAUGAAUAUCAUAAUCACGAGUUUUUAUCUCUUUUAAUUUAAAGAUUAUUUCAGUUAAAAACACCAAAAGACGAAUUUAUUAACAAAACGUUUCUCUUCUACUGCGAAUUCUUUGUAUUUUAAGUGCUUUUUUCCCCAGUUUACAUAUUUCUCUGUUUAUUUAUUAAUAUUUUGAGAGAAAUUCAGCGAACCUGGACACGAUUUGGGUUUGCUAAUUUUAAUGUUUUUAACUUAGAAAAUAAUAGUGAACGAUCUGGCGUUUCAAAUCUGAUAAAGGGGAGGUUGUAACUGUGUCUCUCGUGAACUUUCUUCUACUUCUUAAAUAUUUGUUUAUUUCUUUUUAUGUUAUUAAAAAGUUCACUUUUCGUAUAAAGAAAGAAAGAAAACCACGUGAGAGAUCUCUAGAGGAAAAGGCUACAAAAACGAGAUCGAAUUUCUACUUCUUUUCCAGAUACAUAGCUAUGGCCUCGAGAGCUCAUCCUGUGGACGGUGAUGCAAGUCCGGGUACGGACGGUGGAGAUUUUCCGAUCAAAUCAUCGCCUCCACGGCAUAAAGUUGGGAUCCCACCGAAGCAGAACAUGUUUCAUGAGUUCAUGUACACGUUCAAAGAAACUUUCUUCCACGAUGAUCCUCUCAGACAUUUUAAGGAUCAGCCUAAGUCCAAGCAGUUCAUGCUCGGUCUCCAAUCUGUCUUUCCGGUUUUCGAUUGGGGACGUAGCUACAAUCUCAAGAAGUUUCGUGGUGAUCUCAUUGCCGGUCUAACCAUUGCCAGUCUCUGUAUUCCUCAGGAUAUCGGAUACGCUAAGCUCGCGAAUCUGGACCCCAAAUACGGUUUAUAUUCGAGUUUUGUUCCUCCAUUGGUGUAUGCAUGUAUGGGGAGUUCUAGGGAUAUAGCAAUCGGACCCGUCGCUGUGGUUUCUCUGCUGCUAGGUACUCUCCUUCGAGCUGAGAUCGAUCCAAACACAAACCCUGAUGAAUACCUCCGCCUUGCCUUCACCGCCACGUUUUUCGCCGGUGUCACCGAAGCAGCUCUUGGCUUCUUCAGGUUAGGGUUCUUGAUUGAUUUUCUUUCCCACGCGGCCGUGGUUGGAUUCAUGGGUGGUGCAGCCAUCACAAUCGCUCUUCAGCAGCUUAAAGGGUUCCUAGGGAUCAGAAAAUUCACCAAGAAAACCGAUAUCGUUGCUGUUUUAGAUUCUGUCUUCAGUGCAGCUCAUCACGGUUGGAAUUGGCAGACUAUACUCAUUGCUGCAUCUUUCUUGACCUUCCUUCUCACCUCUAAACUCAUUGGGAAAAGGAGCAAUAAACUGUUCUGGGUUCCAGCGAUUGCACCACUGAUAUCAGUUAUCAUUUCUACCUUCUUUGUCUACAUAACCAGAGCCGACAAGCAAGGAGUCCAAAUUGUGAAACACCUUGACAAAGGGAUCAACCCUUCCUCUUUUGAUCAAAUUUACUUCUCCGGAGAUAACUUGGCAAAGGGGAUUCGUAUUGGUAUAGUCGCUGGAAUGGUCGCCUUAACAGAAGCUGUAGCAAUUGGAAGAACGUUUGCUGCAAUGAAAGACUACCAAAUCGACGGCAACAAAGAGAUGGUAGCACUAGGUGUUAUGAACGUUGUUGGGUCCAUGUCUUCUUGCUACGUAGCGACUGGGUCAUUCUCAAGAUCAGCUGUAAACUUCAUGGCUGGAUGUCACACCGCGGUUUCCAACAUCAUAAUGUCAAUCGUUGUUCUCUUGACACUGCUCUUCCUCACUCCUCUCUUCAAGUACACACCAAACGCAAUCCUAGCAGCUAUCAUCAUCAACGCGGUGGUUCCUUUGAUUGAUAUCCAAGCUGCGAUUUUGAUCUUCAAGGUCGAUAAGCUCGACUUCAUCGCUUGUAUGGGAGCUUUCUUCGGCGUCAUCUUUGUCUCCGUUGAGAUCGGACUUCUCAUUGCCGUCUCUAUAUCGUUUGCUAAGAUUCUCUUGCAAGUCACAAGACCUAGAACCGCGGUUCUUGGAAACAUUCCAAGAACUUCAGUAUACCGAAACAUCCAACAGUAUCCUGAAGCCACCAUGGUUCCAGGGGUUCUUACCAUCCGUGUUGACUCGGCAAUUUACUUCUCCAACUCAAAUUACGUCAGAGAAAGGAUCCAAAGAUGGUUACUAGAGGAAGAAGAGAAGGUGAAAGCUGCAAGCCUACCUAGGAUCCAGUUUCUAAUCAUCGAAAUGUCUCCUGUUACGGACAUCGAUACAAGUGGUAUUCACGCUCUAGAAGACUUAUACAAAUCUCUCCAGAAAAGAGAUAUUCAGUUGGUUCUUGCGAACCCUGGACCGUUGGUGAUUGGCAAGCUACACUUGUCACACUUUGUUGACAUGUUAGGACACGACAACAUCUUUCUGACGGUGGCUGACGCCGUGGAUGCUUGCUGUCCAAAACUCUCAGACGAGGUCUGAGAUUCCAAGAAAGAAGAAGAUGAAGAUAAUGACGAAGAAAGAAGAUGUUCUAUUUUACCAAAAAAAGAAGAUGUUCUAUAAGUGUUUGUACAGUAGUGUUAAAGAAAGUGAGUUUUGCUUUCAGUUGUUGCAUCUUUGGUCCCCUUUCGUUUAUUGCACAAGAGAGGUCAAGUGUAAAGUUGACCUCUGGGUCCCACCUUAGCGUCUUGCUUUUCUACUUUUGUAAUAAAGUGUAGAUUUUACCUAA